CGGAUCCGUUGACCCGUCAUCGUCAAUAAUCAAUUUAUAAAUAUGUAUAGAUAUAAAUAAUUAUGUCAACAAAGUGAUCGAUCAUCAAAAAAUCAUAUAAUAAUAAUGAAAGCAGCAUUAAGAAUGAAUGCGGUUGCAUUAAUAACUUUUAUUAUUAUUGCUGCUGCACAAAGUCGAGGGAUUGAGGAUACGACAGAAAAUCCAUCGGAAACAAUUCCAACAGUGCCAGAAUUGAUCAAAGCCGAAGGAUACCCUGUUGAGAGUCACUAUGUGACCACCAGUGACGGUUAUAUCUUGAAUGUCCAUCGAAUACCGCAUGGAAAUAAUACCACGAAGAUAAAUAAAAAGGUGGCUUUCCUUCAGCACGGCCUGCUGUCGUCAUCAGCCGAUUGGGUGCUGCUUGGCCCGCGGCGCUCGCUGGCCUUCGUGCUAGCGGACGCGGGGUACGACGUAUGGAUGGGGAACAACAGAGGCAACAAGUACUCGCGCAACCACACGACCUUGGACCCGGACAAGCGGUCCUCGUUCUGGCAGUUCAGCUGGCAUGAGAUCGGCACGGUGGACGUUCCAGAGACGAUCGACUACGUGCUCCGAGAGACAGCUGUCGAUGGCGUCUAUUACGUGGGCCACUCGCAAGGCACCACAGUCGUCUACGUGAUGUGCGCCACCAAACCCGAGUACAACAACAAGCUGAAGGCCCAAAUCAGCCUCUCGCCCGUCAUCUACGUAGGCCACAUAGUGUGCCCGCUGCUCAGGACCAUGGCCAACUGGGAGGGCGUUCUGACCCUCAGCCGCCAGAUGAUCGGCAUGGACGAGUUCCUGCCCGGCAAAGGGCUGCUUUCCACCGCACGAAGCGCACUCUGUUCGGCAGACUUCGGCUCCGCCGUGUGCGGCAACGCACUGUUCGCAUUGUGUGGGUUCAACGCGCAACAGCUGAACGCCACGACUGACGUGCCGCAGAUCAUGGCCUACGCGCCUGCUGGCUCGUCGACCAAGCAGCUGCUGCAUUUCAUCCAGGAAAUCAACUCGGGCGAGUUCCGACAGUUUGAUUACGGGUACUGGAGGAAUUUGCAGCGGUACGGGAGUGUGUCGCCGCCUCGGUACGAUUUGCACAAGGUCACGGCGCCUAGUUAUUUGAUGUAUGGCAAGAACGAUUGGUUGUCGGAUACGGGGGACGUGGAGAGGGCUUACAAAUAGCUGGGAAACGGCAAGGAACUCAUUUUGAUGGCGGAUGAUUCAUUUAGUCAUCUGGAUUUUAUGUAUGGUGUUGCUGCUCCUACGGUUGUUUUCCCGAAUAUACUGAGAAUUUUCAGUCAGCAUUGAUUCAGUUUGAAUAAAUAUUCACUAAUAUAUUUGCGAGUAGACUCUUCAUUUCUAUUGUUUACAUUUAUAAUACCUAUAUAACUAGACUCAUUCCUGGAAUCUAUGCAGAAUCUAUUUCC